AUGUCUGAAUUACUUCCAUUAGCUACUUAUAACUUGAACUUGCAACCAUUCAACCCAGUUCCAGCAAUUGAAGAUGACUUCCCAGUCACCAUUAGAAUCACUUUAGCUGCUUUGGAUCCAGAAGCUGCAGAUGACAAGGCAGAACCAUCUACUUUAAGAAUCUUGAAAAAAUCCAAUGACUUCCUUGAUGAUAUGGAUGACUUGGCUGAUUUAGAAGCCGAAGAAGCCAGUGAUGAAGAAGACGAAUUAGAUGAUGACGAAGAAGAAGAAGAAAAGAAACCAAAGAAAUCCAAUGGUAAGAAAAAGGUUCAAGAAGAAGAAGAAGAAGAAGAUGAAGAUGAAGAAGAAGACGAAGAUGAUGAAGAUGAAGAAGAAGACGAAGAAGAUGGUGACAUUUCUGAAUUCGUUGUUUGUACUUUGUCUCCAAAAACUCAAUACCAACAAACUCUUGAUUUAACUAUUACACCAUCCGAAGAAGUUUACUUUGUUGUCACCGGUUCUUACCCAAUUCACUUGACUGGUAACUACGUUCAACAUCCAGAUGAUGAAGAUAGUGAAGAAGAAGAUUAUGACGAAGACUAUGACGAUGAUGAAUACAAUUUAACUCCAGAUGAAGACGAAAUUAUCUACGGUGCUCCUUUGGAUGAUGAUGAAAUCGAUGAAGAUGAUUCUGAAGAAGAAGAAGAAGAUUCCACUCCAAAGAUUGAAGAAAUCGAAGAAGAAAUCGUUGUUGAAGAAUCAAAACCAGCAAAAAAGAGAGCUGCUGAAGAAGAAGAAUCCAAAAAAUCCAAGAAGGCUAAGAAGAAUGAAAAGAAAGAAGAAAAGAAAUCUGUCCAAUUCACCAAAGAAUUAGAACAAGGCCCAACUGGUUCCACUUUGGUUGAAAAGAAGGCUGACAAAAAGGCUGACAAAAAAGACAAGAAAGCUGAAAAGAACGGUGACAAGAAAUUCCCAACCAAGACCUUAUUGGGUGGUGUUGUAACUGAAGACAGAAAAGUUGGAUCUGGUCCACUUGCUAAAUCUGGCAGCAGAGUUGGUAUUAGAUACAUUGGUAAAUUGAAGAACGGCCAAGUUUUCGACAAGAACACUUCAGGUAAACCAUUUACCUUCAAAUUGGGUAAAGGUGAAUGUAUCAAAGGUUUCGAUUUAGGUGUCACUGGUAUGGCUGUUGGUGGUGAAAGAAGAGUUAUUAUUCCACCAAAGAUGGGUUACGGUUCUCAAGCUUUACCAGGUAUCCCAGCCAACUCUGAAUUGACUUUUGACAUUAAAUUGGUUUCUUUGAAAUAG